UGAACCGGUCCCAUGUGAGAUUCCAGCAGAUGCAAGGCAAGAAUUCAGCCACUGAGCUGUGCACUGGCCAGACCUAGCAGUUUUGUUAGGCCUUCUUACCCCCCAUUCUCUGUGAAUUGAAAUGGCCACUGUGUGGGCCUUGUGUUAGAUGGCAAGCACUGAGUGCUUUGGUCCCACCUGUACCUUCCUGGCCAGGGAGGGGGAACCUCCGUGAAGGAAUCGAUUCUGGUCCUGCUGGUUUGGGGUUGAUACUCAGGAAUUAACAGGGUGCUCUCCCCACCCCUGUCGACUCCCAGACCCAGAGGCCCCACCCCCACCACGGCACUCUGCUUCACUGGACCAGCCUCUAUCCUGGAAACUUCCUGUCCGUCCCUGAAUACUAAUUGGAAGAACAGUUGUCCGGGAUCUGACCUUUAACCUAAGCGAGGGUGGGGGUUGGGGCUUCCUUUCUGGGCACGCGCGAUUGGGAUUGAUCAGGUGCACGCAGUGACCGUUGGCGAGGGCCGUGGUACAGCUGCGCCACCGCUCGGUGAGAACGUGGUGGUUUUGGGAGUCCAGCCUAGGGUGUCGGGUGGAGGCAGCAGUGGCGGCGCCCUGGGGGCGGGCCAGACCCGGCAGGCACCAGGGGAGGAGGGCGGGCAGCCCCGGGGUCACUUGCUGAUGGCACCCCUCAACCGCCAUCAACCCUGCUCCCGCUCAGGCGGUCACUGCCCUGCCCAGUGUGCUGCAGCCCCGCCCAAACCUCAGCCCUCCUGUCGCCCUCCCGCUUCCAAUGUAACUCGUAAUAAAGACAUGGUCACUUUUAGGGAAGAUGUCUGAGAAACUCAGAAGAUGCAGAAAGGAGCUGGCUGCAGCCAUUGACCGAGCCUUUGAAGGCGUCUGUCAUUCCCAGGAAUGCACAGGCUCCCCGAGGCUGGAGCCGGACGCAGCGCCGCCCACCCUCUCCCUUCCUGUGCACCGGCUGCUCUGCGGGAGGCACCCGCUGGUUUCUUGCGCCUCCGCGGCACCGUUCACCACUGUCCCGUGUGCUGCUGAGAACGAGAACGCUGCCAUGCUGCCCACCCAUGUCCCACUGGGGGCAAAACCACACGCCUUGGGUCCCAAAAGAAAGCCUCUGGCCAGCAAGGAGAACAUGCUGAUGCAUCCCUGCGCUCUGGCGCCUGAAAGACAGUUCUGGAGAGCAGCGGGCGAUGGGGAGCUGUGGCGGAAGGAGACUUUAAGGAAAGAUGCAGAGAGAGAGUUGAACGUUGAGUCAAACCUGCCUCUCACCAGUGCUAGCCCAGAGGUCACGAAGGAUCUGCUGGACAUGAUAGAUCAUACAAGCAUCCGAACCAUUGAGGACCUGGCUGGGAAGCUGGAGUUUGAGAAUGAACUGGGCCGCGUGUGCAGCCGCUGCCAGGAUUCGCCCUUCAAGGAGGAGGCCUGGACCCUGCUGGUGGACGAGAGCCCCGAGAGGGCUCCAGGCGCUGACACCUUCGACGAGCACAAUAUCGUCGAGACUGUUCUGGACCUGGAAGAAGACUACAGUCUGAUGAGCCAUUUCAAAUACCCGAUGGAGUGAGGGCAGUGGCUCUGGCCAAGCUCCUCUAAGGGGUGGGGUGGGCGUGUGGGGCAGCCACAAUGGCAGUCACGGGGCUCAGCAGAGAGGGUUCUGUUCACAAGGUUGUGAGAACUAGUGUGGCCAUAGUCUUUGCCAUGUACGAUGGGGGUACUGUUGGGGCAGAUAACUCAGUUCUGGUAGUUAGGUUAGUUUUACAUGUUCCUUAUUGUUUGUUGUUUUUGGACUUCUCCUGCCAUCUUGAAAGUUGUUUUUUCUUUUUUUACCUUUUGAUUUCUGUUCAAUAUACCCCAGCUCCAAGGUGGGCACAGGGA